AAUUCUAAGAAAGAGAAGGAAAAAAAGUAGUGGCGGCUGAGAAUCACAUCAUAUAUCAUAGAUAAAAGAUAAAAAAAUAUCUGGAGUGAGACAAAGGGUGAAUGUGAUUAAUAUUAUUGAUUGAAAAAAUCAGAAACCCUAGUAGUGUGGCUGAACCUGCACUUCACUCAACAAACAAAACAAUGGGAAGGAAGAGAAAGGUGGCACCCAAAUCUUCUCAAUCCGCUGAACCCCCUCUCAAACACCACCAACCCCAACCCUUACCAGACAAUGCACCUCCCGAAUACGAAGAAGUUGAAGAAGAAGUUGAGGAAGAAGAAGAAGAAGUUGAAGAAAUAGAAGAGGAAGAAGAGGAGGAAGAGGAAGAGGAAGAGGAAGAAGAAGAAGGAGACCAACAACAACAAGAAGAAGAUGACGACGACGACGACGACCCUAUCCAGAAGCUUCUAGAACCCUUAAGCAAGGACCAGAUCCUCAACCUUCUCUGCGAAGCUGCCACCAAACACCGUGACGUGGCGGAUCGGAUCCGUAAGGCUGCCGACGAGGAUCCUGUUCACCGGAAGAUCUUCGUGCACGGCCUUGGAUGGGACACCACCGCCGGAACCCUAAUAGGUGCGUUCCGGCAGUACGGCGAGAUCGAGGAUUGCAAGGCGGUUACCGAUAAGGUCUCCGGGAAGUCGAAGGGAUACGGAUUCAUUCUCUUCAAGACGCGCCGGGGUGCCCGCAACGCGUUGAAGCAGCCGCAGAAGAAGAUCGGGAAUCGCAUGACGGCGUGCCAGCUGGCGUCGAUUGGUCCCGUCAGCCAGAGCCAGCAGCAGCAGCAGCAGCAGCAACAACAACCAGCUGCGGUGACGACUUCUUCGGCGCCGGUUUCGGAGUACACGCAGAGGAAGAUCUAUGUGAGUAACGUUGGAGCUGAAUUGGAUCCGCAAAAGCUUCUGGCGUUCUUUUCGCGGUUUGGCGAGAUUGAGGAAGGGCCUUUGGGGCUUGAUAAGGUCACGGGGAAGCCGAAAGGGUUCUGUUUGUUUGUUUACAAGAGUGCUGAGAGUGCGAGGAGGGCCUUGGAGGAGCCUCAUAAGGAAUUUGAGGGGCAUAUUUUGCAUUGCCAGAAGGCAAUUGAUGGUCCUAAGCCUGGGAAGUUGCAGCAGCAUGGGAAUCCUCAGGGUCAGAGGAACCAGUUUCAGAGGAAUGACAGUGCUGGUUAUGUCGGUGGUGGUAGUGGUGCUGCUGCUGCUGCGCAGCCGGGGCACCUAAUGGCACCGGCUGGACCCGGAAUUGGUUUUAAUCAGGCUGCUGCUGCGCAGGCAUUGAAUCCGACUCUGGGGCAGGCGCUGACGGCGCUGCUUGCGUCUCAAGGAACAUUGGGGCUGAGUAAUUUGUUGGGGAGUAUUGGAACGAGUGCUGCGGUUAACCCUGGUGUUCCUGCUGCCGGGGCUGGAGUGCAGGGUGGUUAUAGUGCCCAGCCAAAUAUAAGCCCAGGUGUUAUUGGAGCAUAUGGGAAUCAGGUUGGAUUGCAGACGGCAUACCCAAACCAACAGAUAGGACAGGGUGGCUCUGGAAGAGGGCAAUAUGGUGGUGCUGCACCUUACAUGGGGCACUAGGUUUGUGGCAGAUUCCACAUAAGUGCAUCAGUCUUUUAUUACUGGCCUGGUGAUUCUUCUGAAGUUUAAGGAGCUGAUGCAAUUGGCGUAUUUAUAAUGAAAUGUUACUUACUACAAUGAUCAGAAUAUUUAAAUUACCAAAUGGAGUUCUGUUUUCGCCACUUUUUCAUCUUUUCUUCUAUUUCAAAAUAUUGUAGUAUUUUAACUUUUAGUUUAUCUUCAAAAAAAUCUUAUGGAACUGUUUUUGUACUGCAAAUUAUAGUUUUAUCCGUAUUAUGAGGAGUUUGAAAUGCUGAACAAAUUUUAUUUUGAAAGUCACGUUUGUGUGGAUCAUUGUGCUUCAACUUGGUAUGUACAAGUUGCUUGAUAGUGUUGUUCUAUGUGGAUAUUGGAUACUGUUUUCCCUUGUUCUUUUUUAUUAUUUUCUUGACUUUUUGUCUUAAUUGAACAUGGAAUGAUUGAUAUGAAACGUGCAUAAUACGCUAAGUGCCUUUUGUCAUCAGUUUCAUAGCCCUUGAAAAAUUGGUUAGGAACCAACUUAUCAAGUGUUUUGUUUUUGUUUCACUUCUGUUAAUUGUACGUGUACCUAAUUUUGUGCAGUUAUUUUGCAGGUUUGACAGCCAUACUUAUAUAUACAUGUACCAGUAAUGAAAUCAGUUUAAAUUAAGAAGGGAAAAACCAAUGCUUUUGAUUUAAGUUUGAUUUUGAUAUUCUAGUAAGGUUUCCACAUUUUGAGAAAUCCUUUUUAAUAUGGUCGGAGUUCUUCAACCAGGAACAGGACACAGUUUUUCUUUUCUAUCUUCCUUACACUUUCGUACAAAAGAGGGGUCGCUUUUUAGGGGGGGUUCUAUUUCCUCUUCUAACACAAUUUUCAAUACUUUGUCACAGUCAUGCUUUUAUUUAAAAUUGUCUUUUAAAGAAUGUCAGAAGUUGGGUGAACUUUGUUGGCCUUUUUGGGGGUUUUGUCUACUUACAAACCAUGUUUGUAUGUUGUGCUUUUCUUUCUUUUGUUCCUCUACUUUUUUCUUUUCUCAAAAGGAUGACUAAUCACAUGCAUUGAAAUAAAAAUUUUACCCCUUAAGGGAUAUAUGAUGCUUUUUAUAAUCACUUCAGAAUUUGUUCAUUUAUAUUUAUUAUUGCUUUAAGCAGUUUUCAAAAUGUUCUUGCAACAUGGGCUUCUUGACAUCCUUUUGGAUGGUUUGAAUAUUUCCAAACUUGCACAAUGUUGCAUUUUUAUGUUACUGGAAGCCAAAUUUGGUCAUUUAAGUUGUGUUUUAUGGGUGUUUAAUGUUCAACUCAAAUCCUGCGUCUGAAGUAAAAGAUGAAGUCAGCUCUGUCGUAGUGAUUUGGACUUAUGUGUGGCUGAUUGAUUAUCCUCAAAUGAAUAGGUGGCUUUCCUGGACUGGAAGGUAAGUCGCAGUAUAUUAUGUCUAGUUUCUUAUCUUUAUUUUAGUUGAAAGGUUAAUGCAUUGACAUACAUAGUGUUGAAAGUUUUAAUUGGACAAAUUUGCUGUCUUUACUU